AUGGGCAGAGUUUACACGCUGGAUCAACAUGUGGCGGACCGGGCAGCUGAACUACUUAAAGGUACGAUCAAUAUAUGUGGUGAAGAACUAUCUGUUUUAUUUGACCCUGGUGCGACCAAUUCCUUCAUUGCCGACUAUGUGGCAAAUGCAUUUAACUUAACUAUGAGCCCAAUGCAAUCCCCAAUGCAAGUCACCUCUGCGACGGGGGAAGUGACAGCGUCUCAGUUCAUAUGUAGAAAUGUAGAAUUCAGAUACAAAGGAAAGAAGUACAACCAAGACUUCAUAUUUCUCCCCUUAGCCAAACUAAACCUAAUAUUGGGAAUGGACUGGCUGGCCAAGCAGCGCGUAGUAAUUGAUUGUAGAAGCCAAAGUAUUAUAGUCGGCGGCCCCACUCCCCAGUACUUCACCGGUCGAAUCAAGAGAUUAUACUUCCAUGCUAAUAGCCGGCUUGGUAAGUGCAAGCGAGACGCUGCUGAUGAACAUUCCCGUGGUCAAAGAAUUCGAGGAUGUAUUUCCUGA